ACACAAAGUAUUCACUGUCCAAUGAUUAUAAUGAACCCGGUUGUUAUUAAUUUGCAAAUGAUGAUAAACAAUAAUUUACCAACAAUCGAGAUAACGCCAUCUGUAGAUGAACAAAUCAAUCAAAUGGAUGGAUUACCAUCAUCACAGACACAGAUUGUAUCCACCAUAACAAAUCCGAAUUCAAAACAAUCAUCAUCAACAAUGAAACCAAUUGGAUGGCAAAAUAAACUUGGUUUAGCCGCCGUUUGUCUCAUAUUGAUAAUGUUCACAUUGGAUGUAUUAACAUUAUGGUAUUUAUUGAAAAAAAUUUCCUCAUAUGAACGAUCAGUAAAUCUAUUGGAACGGAUAAAAUUUCUAAUCGAUUAUUCCGGUACAUUAUCCGAUAAAGAUUGUGAACGAUUAUCACUUAUGCCACAAUAUGAUGAAAUAAUGUUACGAAUACGGCAAAAUGUUACGACAACAGAUCAAUUGUCUAUGAACAAUAUUGAUAAACAAUCAUUGAUCAAUGAAUUGUCCAUGGUAUCGGAACAGAAAUCAAAUCUAUUAACAGUAAUUGUUGUUACAUUUGUUGCAAUGAUCAUUCAUUUUAUCGGUUUUAUCGGUGUAUUACGACAAUCAUUUACUUUGACAUUAUUCGAAACAUUAUUUCUGAUCAUACUACUGAUCAUGAAACCAUCGUUAUCAUCCACAAAUUUUGGCUGGAUCAUAUGGAUCCUAUAUGCUGUUUGUUUACCAUUAUUUUUCAUUUAUCAAAUUCGUCUUUAUUAUGUUAAAAUUCGAAGGAAAAAAUAAAAAAUGGUCAUUGUUGGUGACCAGUAUUUUU